GGACGGCGGCGAGCAUGGGCUGCCCGGCGGACAACGCCAGCGCGCUGCUCGGCGGCGGCGGCGGGCUGCAUGACAGGCGCGGCGCGCUGGCGCUGCAGCCUCUCUGGGACUUCGCCCGCAUGCAGGAGCCCUUGUUCAGGUCGCCCUUCUUCCCGGCCCUGUUCAGCUUCGCGGCCUACACGGCUUUCUGCCUGCCCUUCGUGGCCCUGGACUUCUUCGGCACCCGCGUGCCAGCCUUCCGAAAGUACAAGCUCCAGCCGCAGAGCUCGCCGACGCUGCGCAUGAUGGCGCUGUGCGUGGCCCAGAGCCUCUACCAUCACGUCGUCUGCAUCUUCCCGGUGACCACAGCGCACUGGUACUGGAGGCGAGUGAGCUUGCCGCGGGCGGCCCCUGAACUGCCGAGCCUCCUGCUGAGCGUGAUCGUGGCCCUGCUGCUCUUCGACUUCCUGUACUUCCUGUGGCAUUUGCUCCAUCACAGGGUGCCUUGGCUGUACAAGACCUUCCAUAAGGUCCACCACAAGCACACCUCCACGUUUGCUCUCACCACCCAGUACUCCAGCACUUGGGAGCUGCUGUGGCUGGGCCUUUUCACGGCCAUCAUUCCGAUGAUGCUGAAAUUCCACCCGUUGACCGAAAUGACUUUCUUCGUUGCCAAUAUCUGGUUGUCGGUGGAGGAUCAUUCUGGCUACGAUCUGCCGUGGUCAACCCACAGACUGGUGCCUUUUGGUCUGUAUGGAGGAGCUCCACACCAUGACCUCCACCACCAGAAGUUCAAGUUCAACUACGCGCCUUACUUUACACACUGGGACUGGCUCUUUGGAACACUGACCCACGCUGCUGACAACAACGGCGCACCUGCGAAAGUCCGCAGAGACUGACUUCUGACUGUCCUGCCACAGACAAAAUCUGGACAUUCUGGAAUGAAAGCAAACUGAAAAAAAUGCACUGCACAUAUUUAUGUUAAAGUAUUUAUGGAAUGUAUUUGUUCAAUAUUUAUAACCAUUUAUUAUUUGGUAUUGAAAGAUAUGUGGAGCACACUUAUGACUAUCAAAGAUUUAUCAGCUAUUGUAUGUAUUCAGUCUGUAUGGAAGAGAACUGCUGAAACGAGAAGAUGUAUGGUGGGAAUAGAAGUAAUGUCUAUAAUUCCCAUGGAAUUUUUCUUUCCUUUAUAUUAAAAAAAGGUGUAAUAGAUACAUGUUAACUUUUCUGCUGGACAGCAAUAAACCUAACAAAAAUGUGA